AUGAUGUUUGUGUUUGGUGAAGUAUCCGAUCCAUUACCAGAGACCACCACUCUAGUUGAAGAUAUCAUACGAUCGCAAGUCAUUGAAAUUGUCAUUCAAGCAUCAGCACAAGCUUCACGGAGAAACUCAAGGUACCUCAGUGCAGAAGAUCUUAUUUUUUUAAUGCGUCAUGACCGUGCCAAAGUCAAUCGGUUAAGAUCAUUUCUCAGUUGGAAAGAUGUACGCAAGAAUACCAAGGAUGGAUCUGGCGAUCCUGUAGAAGAUAUGAUGGAAGAUACAAGUGCUGGCAAAUUACAUCGUAGUAUUAUCAAAUUACCAUGGGAAUUAGUGAAUCAAUUCUCAGAUAUGAUUAUUAAACCAAGCAACCCGGAGGAAGAAUCAGACGAUGAGGAUGAACUGGAAGCCUACAAUGACUCGAUUCAACGAUUACGGCAUGCAGAUGAAGUGACAAGAGCCAUGACUCGUGAAGAAUAUGUUCACUACUCGGAAUGUCGACAAGCAUCAUUUACUUAUCGAAAGAGCAAACGGUUUCGAGAAUGGGCAAAUGUCAGUGCUUUUGUAGAAGUCAAGCCAAAUGAUGAUAUCAUCGAUAGCCUGGGUUUCUUAACUUAUGAAAUGGUAUCCAAAUUGACCUCCAUGGCGUUACAGAUCAAACGGGACUUAAUGGAAGCGGAUGGCAAGAAAGAAGAAGAAGCCAUAAGUCUAGGGAUGAAACGAAAAAGGAAGGACGAGGAGGAAGACGAUAGUGGUGAUAGCGGCGAAAAGAAGAAGAAGAAGAACGAUGAACAACAACAACAACUAAAUCAACCGGAUGAUCAAACACCCAACAACAAUAAUGAAACAACAGAAUCAACAACAGAAUCAAUAGUAGAAACGCAAGAUAGUAAAGAAAAAAAAGAUGAAGACGAAAACAAUGGACUUUUUUCAUUACCCACCACCGAACAAACGCCAUUAUUACCAGAACAUAUCCAUGAAGCAUUCAGACGACUUCAACAAUCUCCACAACCUAUCAAGAACUUUCGAGGUGGCCUAGUACGGACUAGAAUCUCUCUUAUUUAG